AUGUAUGCGUGUAUACUAUAUAUUUUGCUCUACUUAUACAUAAAAAUUGUUAUUGGAUGUCCUACCAAUGCCGUCUUCGAUGCUGCCGCUUUUAGUCGGCAGCUUUAUGAUAUGAGGAAAUUUCUCGGAGGUCACACGGAUGUCGAUUUAUGGUUUCCCUUCUACAAAUAUGGAUCACCUUUCGGACAAUUCAUGGUUUCAACAAUAUGUGACUUAGAGUGCUACGAUUUCGAUUCAUUUCUUACGAAACCAUGCAGGUGGAGAAACGAGAAAAACACAUGCGAUGCCGAUGGUGACGAGAUUGAUUUCAUCAGGAUGAAAGGAUCAUGGGGAGAAUCGGAAGGCGACACAAUUUUUGGAAUGUCAGAUCGAGCAGAUGGAUAUUUUCUCAUUGCCGGUGUCCAACAAAAGCUACCACCAAUGUAUUCUGCUGUACUAGUCAGUGAUCCGAUACAAUGUCAAGAAGGUGACGGUGUUGUCAAAAUGAGAUUCUGGGCAUCUCCUGGCGUGAAAAUAAGGAUUUGUACGAGAGCUCCCUCUAUGGGAAAGCGCUAUAUAUGGUGCAGCGAUCCAAUAAAAAGGAACAACACAAAACUUGCAAAAGUGAUCAUUCCAGGAACAAUUUGGUAUACGUUCGAGAUAGUUGUGGAGGCGUACAACUUCGCACUGGAUGCAUUUGGGAAACAAGGCGGAGCUGCGAUCAUAGAUGACAUCACCUACAACUCGAGCGCAAUAUAUGAAUGCAAAAUGAUUCCACACUACGAUCCACCUGUGAAGCUUCCGAAAAAGACUUGCCCAGCUGUUCGAUGCGAUUUCGAGCGUGGUUCAUGCCUCAACAAACUCGAAUCGACGGGCUGGAAAAUAUCCGAGGAUCCUAUAGGGCCCAGAUCUACUGGAAUUCGUUCGCAAUUAGAGGGCAGCUACGCCUACGCAGUAGGACCAGGAACCUCAACGCUGAGCUUGGGUCCAUUCGAAUUCUCUCGUACUUUCGCCAUUGAUUUCUGUUAUUAUGCUGCAAGUUAUGGUAGCAAGCUUGCUGUUUUCUUGGUUAGAACUGUACAGGAGGAAAGGGAAAGGAUUUAUGUCAGUGAAGAAGUGCACGGCGACAAGCACCAUUGGACAUGUGACAAAAUCUACUUAAACAAUGGAACAUACGAAACGAUAGAAUUCUCAGCGGAAGGAUUGCGCAACGAAUAUUCAUAUGUUGGUCUGGAUCAAAUUGACGUCUACGAUCCAAUACAAGGAGGAUCAGCAUGUGAAAAGAAAACGAAAGAGACUACGAUACCGUUACAAUUACAGUAA